AUGGAUCGACUGGAGUACGCCGAAUGGUGGAACAACAACGGCAUCCUCUGCCUACAACUGGAAUCAGUCAAUGCCGUAACCAAUGCACGGCACCUUGGCAAACCGGGUAUUGACAUGUUCGUCUUUGGUGCGAAUGACAUGAACUUCAGUUUGGAACUAUAUCCAGACCAUCCGUUCAAGACGGUUGAGGAUUGCAUUCAGCACGUUGUGGAGCAGAUGGAGGGUACACACGUCAAGGGCGUAUUGGAUAAUAUGUCAUCCGUCCAUUCAAACAGUAAGGAGUCAAUAGGAAUCGUGAGGAGCAAAAAAGAAAUUCUGGUUGAGGAAAAAUCUUACGCAGCACUGUUUUUUAUCCUUUCCGGUUUGUUGGGAUUCGUUACGCUGUGGGGUUUCUAUAACGAGACAAUUACCAGACGACCAUGGAAGGAGAUUCAGCGGCAAUUUUACGAAUACGAAUAUCAAAAAACCAAGAUUGAUUUGGAAAAGGCGAAACAGGAUCUGCCUGAGAUUGGAGCACCUCAAGAAAUUGACCCUAAACAGGAGGGGGUGCUAAAAGGUACGAUUGCGGGGUUGCAGAUUAAGCUAGACGAAGCCUUGCAGGAUCGUAAAUUUGAUCAAAGUGAGUCGGAUGCAAUCAACUAUAAAUAUCAGUAUGCGCUGCACCACGGGGAAAAAGAGAAAUCGGAAAAAUGGAAAAAGAAGCUAGACGAGCUUGAAAGUCGGAUUGAGGGAGAACUGACGGAUGCAGUGCUGGCGGCACAGCAAAAUCUUGCCGAUGCCUAUAAGGAUCUCGCCGAGUUUUAUAAUACCAAUGGAUACGUUGAGGAAGCGCUAGGCGAGUAUCUCCUCGCCCGAAAAUAUAGCGUAGCGGACACAAUGACUACGGCGAAGAUUAGUGAACUUCAGGCGCAAGUUGAGGCUGCGAAAGCUGACAAAACUAAAUAUACUGAGAUUGGAAGACUUGAAGAGAAACUCCAUUCCGUCGGCGGUAUUAAACGCACUUUCAUCGGUACAUUAGCAGAAAGUCCCUUCACAAAGACACGCACGAUUGUUCAAUACUACAUUGAAGAUUUUGAUUAUACAGCAGACCGAUGCGCGACCUGUCACUUUGCUUCCGAUAAGGCUGGAUACGAAGGAUUCGCUAAAGAACAGUUUGAGGAGAUUGAAGGAGACGGCGAAAAUAGCCUUACGUUCCAAUUAAAACAUCCAUACAUUAAAAAGGGUGGCGAAACGGUGCUUAUUGACGAGGAAGGCGCAGAAGAAGGCAGUUAUGAAUUGAGUGAAGAUGGCAAAUUGACCUUCACCGAUCCCGAUAUUUAUGCCGAUCUCAUCGAAAUCGCGUAUGAGACUGGAUAUGAUCCCGUGCUUCGGACGCAUCCCCACCAGGAUGUGCUGCUCGGUAAACACCCCGUUGAAAGAUUUGGAUGCACCCCUUGUCACGGUGGACAGGGACAAGGUCUGACUCAAAUAGCUGCGCACGCCCUAGACCAUAAGAAGGAGUAUUGGCUGACGCCUGUCUUGGGGUUGGAUGAGCAUACAGGUAAAGCCUCAGAAGAAUUGCACGGCUACAUGGAGUCCAAUUGCCGUCGCUGCCAUGAUGGCGUGAUGAUGUUAGAUGCCCCCAAUCCAGAGACCGGGCAGCUCCAAGAUUAUUCGCCCGACCUCUCGAAGGGAAUGGCGCUCUUUGAGGACAUCGGAUGUCACGGUUGCCAUGCUGUUGAGGGCUAUUCUGCGUUAGCGGAUCUUGACGAAGUUGGUCCCUCGCUUGCCAAAAUCGGCAGUAAAGUCAAUAGCGUUGACUGGUUGGAAGCGUGGAUUAAGCAACCGGCCGCCUAUCUGCCAGAAACCAAAAUGCCAGCCUUCUUCCCCGUCGAAAAGUUGACCCAAGUAGUCUACCUCAAAAAUGGGAAUAAGCACUUCGGUGUCGUCACCAAAACCGACACCGGCAUUAUCCUCCAAAAAGACGAUGGCACAAAACAUCCUUACCCUGACACCGCUGUUGAACGGGUCGUUGAUGAGGUGAAAUCGAUAGCAGCAUACUUGGCGGAGAUGAAAGACCCCGCGAUCGAUCAAGGCGAUGCCUCAUUCUCGACAGCACCCCGUGCGAUUGCCGCCGGUGAACAGGUUGUUAAAUCGGUUGGCUGUCUGUCAUGUCAUGCGGUUGAUGGGCUCGGAAGUGAUUUCGCGCCAAAAUUGGAUAAUGCCGGCAGCAAACUCACACCACAAUUUCUCCGUCAAUGGAUCAGCGAUCCAAAAUCUUACGACCCCGACACCGUUAUGCCCAGUCUGCGUUUGACCAAGACUGAGGUGAACAACGCGGUAGCUUACCUGAUGUCGUUGCAAGAGACAACUGCCUCUCCUAUUGCAGGCAACGAAAAUCCCCACGCAGCGGUUGAUCCGAUGGAAGGGGAAAAGCUAGUGCGGACCUACGGCUGCUUCGGCUGCCACAAUAUCCCCGGCUUCGAGAAUGAGUCGAAGGUCGGUGCAGAUCUUGGCGAAUUUGGUGCCAAGACCGUCGAGGAACUCGACUUCGGAGAUACCACAGAUAUUGAACACAGUUGGCACGGUUGGACAAUCGGAAAGGUGACCGAUCCGAGACGCUACCAAACGCGCCGCAUUGUUUCCCGAAUGCCUGUCUUUAACGAACACACCAUCGGUGAGGAAGAGGCACGGGCACUUGCCGUUCUACUCAAGGGGUUCCAACCUGUAAAAUACCCGAUGAGCUACCUUCACCAGCCGAGCGAAAAGACGUGGCAGAUUGAUGCCGGACGCCGGUUAGCCAAGAAAUACAACUGCACCGGCUGCCAUGAGAUUGAAGGAAAAGGCGGCGAUUUCGUGAAUGUGGUUGCCGCCAAUAAAGAACUAGACCUGCUAAAUGCCAAGCGCUUUGCCCCCCCUACCCUGCAAGCGCAAGGUGCUAAGGUUUAUCCGGAUUGGCUGUUUGAGUUCCUGAAAGCACCCACGCCUAUCCGCUACGGGCUUGAAGUCCGGAUGCCGACUUUCGGCCUCCCGGACGAGGAAGCGACCGCACUGGUAAAAUACUUCUCUGUGCUUGACGAUGAGACGUUCCCGUAUGAAACUAUCGCAUUACAACCGGUGUCUCGAAGAGAGCUGCGUGUCGGCGAGCAGAUUUUUGACGCGCUCCAAUGUAUUUCCUGCCAUCCGGAACAGGGCGAAGUUAUCCCGCCGGGCAGCGAUAAAACCGGGCGUCCUGAUCUCGCGCUAGCGAAGGAUCGUCUCAAAGCUGAUUGGGUCGUCGAAUGGCUUAAAGAUCCGCAAUCCUUCCAACGGGGAACUGCGAUGCCGCAAGCGUGGCCCAAGAUUGGCGGCGCACAUCAACCUGUUGAUGGCUUUGCAGUCGAUGAUGCCGAAGAACAGAUCCGGCUGGUGAGAGAUUAUCUCAACUCGUUGGGCGAGUAA